AUGUAUCGUAAUAGUCAAAAUAACGAUUAUAGAAAGUAUUCUUAUCUACCUCCAUCUAUUUCAACAUGUUCACGAAAUACUGACCAUCAGUAUUAUAAACCAUGUUUACGUACUGAACAUAUCAUUCCUUCAAACAAAACAUUAACUUCCACAUAUACUUCACCAAGUUUUCCACAUCAAUAUCAACUAUCAACGACCAUUUCAAAUUUAGGAGAACCAAUAUCAAUUUUUGAUGAGCGAAAACCUCUUCCAAAUCGUCGAUUUACUAUUGCUGCUUUUCCACCAAAAUAUAUACCGCCAAAUCCGAGUCGACGUUCAUCAGUGCAUAAUACACGUCUUAUUACAGCGAGUGCUACGCGUCAACGAUUAUUAACAGAUAUUCAACGGGAUAUCACUGAAGUCGAUCAAGAGCUAUCUUCAUUAGCACGAAGAUGUUCGAUACCACGUUAUAUUCCACCUCGCUUUUCAUAUUUUGCACAUGUACAACAGGCAUCAUUUCAUGAAAAACAUGUUUCAUCAAAUAAUGAAAAUCAAAUUUUGCCACAUAGACAAAAAAGCAUUUAUAAAGUUAUUCCAGCUAUAACAAGUGAAUCAACAAAGAUAUCACAACAAUCAAUUGCAAAACUAACUGAUCAAAAUACUUCACCGCCAUUUGUUGGCCAAUACCAUUAUGGAGUUGAAAUCGAAGAAAAUGAAAUUCUUGAAAACGAUCCAGAAAAUUUAGAUCUUACAUCAUUUAUUGAUGAAAAAUCUCAAUUCAGUUCUCGUGAAAUACUUUCUCUAGAUGAAUUUCGUCGUGAGCAAUCUGAUUUAGCACAAAAUCGUGCAUUCACUUUAGUUCCAGAAUAUGAUGAUAAUAAUAAAAAUGAAAUAAAUGAAUCAACGACAGAAGAUACUCAUCAAAAAGAUUCAACUGAUGAAAACAUAGGAGGCAGAACGUAUAGACUAGAUAGACUUGAGUCUCAUCGAGAUUUGCCACUAAUAGACUCGGUCUCACCUGAAUUGACUGCGUCAGAGAAAAUUAGUUGA